AUGCCGGGAGAAAGCGUUUCACCCUCGCGGGGCUCCGGCGAGGCGGAGGGCGAGGGCGAGCGCGAGCGCGAGCCCCGCCAGAGGCGACGCGGCUGCCUCCUUCUUCCCUUGCCCCCCUGGGGAAAUCUGGCGGCCGCUUGGGAGCAAGAAUGGAGCUUCGGAGCCGCGCAGCCCAAGUCUAGGCAGCCGGGGCGGCCCACGCCCACACACCCAGCUCUCCUGCUCCGGGACCCCGCUUCAGAGACCCCGGCGGAGCCAUCGCCCGGCUCCAGGGAGAAGGAAAAGUGUACCAAUCUCUGGCUUAGACUAUCACCUGCAGCCAGGAAGUCCACCCCCAUCAUAAGACUACGUGGUCAGGAGUUGCCUUUGGCACAGAAGACUUGUCAAAGCAGUGCAUCCCAUCUCCUUUGCAGCUGUGCUAUCUCACAGUUCAGUUCUGGGGCUGGUUAUCAGCACAGUUUGCGCUACAAAUGCAGAAGUGGCCAUCUCUUCUACCACGUGGGGAGAGCUGAGAAGGAAGCCCACCUGAGAAGGAAGCCCACACUCAGAAAAGCAGGCUAUUUUCUUCUAUAUCAACUCAACGUUCAAGAAAACUGCAGCCACCAGCACCCGCACCACAUAGCUACAAGGCCUAAGAACAGAGAAUACCUGUGUCAACAUGAUUUCGUUAUUAGUUCCAGGAAAAUUUGUCCAGAGAAGUGUUGGCACAACAACCGACCAGCAUUCCUUCCUGCUAAGGGGCCACCAACCAAGGAGUGGUUCUAACUAGGCUACGGAGGAUGCACUAUAAGGGUUUUCAUGUCCUCUGCUUCACCUUUUGACAUCAGAGGGCCAAAAACUCCACCAGGGAGUUAUGCUAAGGCCACCAUUCUUCACACAUGCAACCUACGAAGGCGCAGGAAGCUCAAUUGCGCAUGUGCACGGUUCUCCUUUCAUAAAUAUUCAUGACUCCUAUAGCUUGUUAAGUAUGUAUAUUUGGCCACACCCCUCGGCGUAAAUUCCUGUUCCCAUCGUCCUUCCCUGGAAGCAAGUGUCCUGGGGCACUGGGGCGGGGCUCAGCUUUUCAGCAGGCCGGAAUGGGCACCCACAGGCUGCAACCCUCGUAAGAAAUAAAGCUCUCCUUUCCAAAUUAUAAACCUCAUCGUUUUCUUCAGUUGACAGAGCGAUCUGGGUUGGAGAUACACAUUUCAUAGCCUUCAGUGUAGGGACUGCAUUUAAAACCUUAAGAUUAGAUGAAAUCGCCUAAGAGUUGUAAGGCUGGUGGCAGGGGCCCCCUCCCCUCCCUAGAUGGAAAAAGAAAACGCUUAGUGACCUGACCA